AUGCCGCCGCCGAAGCGAUCACGAAGACGCAUAGUUGUUGAUUCAGAGGAUGAGAUCGAGGACACGAUUGAUAACGGCCAGGCAACGAAGAAACGGAGGCUGAAAGGACCGCUGCGUGGUCUUGCCCCAGAGACAAACAUUCUUCCAUCCAACACUGCUGCCGGGUCGGCGAGAUCGCUCAGAGAUCGUAGCUCUAGGCCUAAUUAUUCCAAGAAAUUUCACCCCAUGGAUGUGGUCACAAGGCCGAAAAUGGCGGCGAAAGGAGGUUUUCUUAGGCGCAUUGUCCAGGACACCAGCAGUGAAGAGGACUACAUGGGCGAAUAA